UGGAUAUUUGUUCGUCCAUGCUCGACCAAAUUACAAAUACUCACCCAUAGCCAUAAUUAUAGAGAUCAAAACACGAAACUAACAUUCCCCCAAACGAAGUAAAAUGAAGGGGUGAAAGUGAGAAAAUCCAAAAAGGAGAGGCUGGAGAGCCCAAAAUUACAAACAAAAUUAUCCGUUAACCGUUAUCCACACCAUUCUCCUCUCCUGCACCGCACGAUAACGCGCCCUUUUAACUACUCUUAUCUUUUCACCAAACAGUUUCUGGGCAAAAGAAAGCGGUGAAACAGCAAAAGAAAAGCUCUAAUCUGGAUCAAUGACGACGAUAACAGCUACGAUAAGACCAUUAAUGACGGGUGUGCCGGUGGCCAAGUCCCAACACCUUGGCAGAAUUUCACCGAAGAGUUCGAAAGCAAGUUCUGACAUCGGUUUCAUUUCAUCCCAUUUGAGCGGCAUCAAAAUUUCAACCACUGCCUUCGAAAGUGCCCCUUGCACAAUUUCUGCCCCUUUUAGGCCUUCUCUUCAGCCUGUUGCCAGAAGAAUCUGUCCUUUCACGGGGAAAAAACCAAACAAGGCCAACAGGGUUUCCCACUCGAACCACAGGACAAUAAGACGGCAGUUUGUGAAUCUGCAGUAUAAGAAGAUAUGGUGGGAAGCUGGGAAGCGCUUUGUGAAGUUGCGAUUGUCAACCAAAGCUAUAAAGACAAUCGAGAAGAAUGGACUCGAUGCAGUGGCUAAGAAGGCCGGGAUUGAUCUCAGCAAAAUGUGAUCUCAACGGAGGAAAAUCAGUCCCAAGGAAGAGGUGACAGGUUUCUGAUCUCUUUAUGUUCUAACUUCCUAUUGUUUCACAUUCUGUAGCUUCUUUCUUCUCCAUAUUCGAAAUGCCAUUUCCUUGCUGUUAUCUUGUUUUGUACCUCGAAUGAUCUGAGAGUGGAUCUCUUCAUCUUUUUUGUUUGGGCCAACGAGGAAAAACAGUAUUAUGCAAA